UGAGGACUUCCCUGGGGCGGGCGGCCCUGCCCCCAGUCCAGGCAGGUAUAAGGCUACCUCACCGGGCUGAGCGAGCCCAGAUGGAAAAGGGGGAGGCCAUCAUGUCUUCUCGGAGGCCACAGCGAAAGCACAGCCCCGGAGGCCUGGACUCCCGGCUUUCUAGAACGCUGCUCCUGCUGCUGCUGUCUACGGCCUCCGCCCAGGAGGUCACCCCCAACCGUGCCGCCUGCGUGGUGUCCCGUGCGGUCAACGGCAGCUCCGUCUCCUGCCACCCCCCUGCCCACAUCCCCCGCCGCUUCCCAGCCGACACCGUCUACCUGGUGAUGGAGUUCUUCAACCUCACGCAGCUGCCAGACGACACCCUCCGGGGCCUCGCUCGCCUCCAGGAACUGCACCUGUCCAGCAACCAGCUGGAGAGCCUCUCGCCCAAGUUCCUGCUGCCGCCCGCACCUCUGCUUCAGGUGCUGGAUCUAACCCGCAACCUCCUGGCCCGCCUGCCCCCCGGCCUCUUCCAGGCCUUGGCUGCUCUCCACACCCUGGUGCUGAAGGAAAACCAGCUGGAGGCUCUGGAGCCCUCGUGGCUGCUUGGCCUGAAAGCCCUGCGGCAUCUGGACCUUUCCGAAAACCGCCUCCAGACCCUGCCCCCGGGGCUGUUGGCCAGCGUCACCUCCCUGCGCAUCCUUGACCUCAGCAAUAACCAGUUGAAGGCUUUGCCCCCAGACCUUCUGAAAGGCCCCCUGCGGUUGGAAAGGCUGCAUCUGGAAGGCAACGGACUGCAGGUGCUUGGCGAGGGGCUCCUGGCACCCCAGCCAGACCUCCGCUACCUUUUCCUGAAUGACAACAAGCUGGCCACCGUGGCAGCGGGCGCCCUCCAGGGUCUGCGGCAGCUGGACUUCCUGGAUCUGUCCAACAACUUGCUUACCGGCACACCUAAGGGGCUCUGGACGUCCCUGGGGCGGCCCACCCGGGACAUGAAGGAUGGCUUUGACAUCUCUGGUAACCCCUGGAUCUGUGAUGGGAACCUAGAAGACCUCUACGGGUGGCUUGUGGCCAAUAAAGACCAGAUGUUCUCUCGGAACGCGACGCGCUGCGCUGGGCCUGAAGCCUGGAAGGGCCAGAUGCUCCUGGUUGCAGCCGAGUCCCACUGAGGCCUGGGGCUGGGCUGGGGAGACAGGCCUGGGAGCACGCUGCCUGCUACUUGGCAAAGAAUUCACCUCCAGCUUUCCAGAGCUGCUGGCUGGACCCGCCUGGCCCGUGCUUCCCCAAACACAUCUUGGGCUCUCUGGCCUCCCGGUACCCUCUCCCAAGAAAGCCUUUCCCUGUUUUCCGGAUCUCUUGGCCUCCAGGCGCCCCCAGCCUGCCCGGCCUCCCUCUGGCCCAGCCCUGGCCGCACUGGGGUUGUCUCUGUCUGGCUCUGUCUCCCCCACUUUGAGGGGCUCUCCGAAUGCAGGGCCUGGGGCUGGGGUGCCUUCUAGCCAGCAUCACUCAGUUUGGGGUCAGAACGGAGGGGUUAAUAAAUAACUGUGGAAAGGGA